UCUUAUUUUUAAAUAACUAAGUCUCAACACCACAAAUAACCCUACAAUUAAUCCUAACCCUCAAAACACCAAAUUCAAACUCCCUACCAAACUCUUUAAAAGGCCCCAAUAUCGACUGUAACAAAGCAACUCACCAUGGCUUCUCUUCUUCUCUUCCUCCUCCUUGUUGUCUUCACUCUCCCAUCGGUCUCCCUUGCCGUCACGAAAGCUGAAGUUUCGUAUCUCGUUGGUCGUCAACUUUUGGCUCUAAGAGAACACGAUGAACUCCCAGAUGACUAUAAAUAUGAUGCUGAAAUUGAUCCUCAUGAAACUUUCCUAAAUGAGAGGUUGAAGAAGGCUUUUGUUGCCCUCAAAGCUUGGAAAACCGCCAUAUAUUCUGACCCAUAUAACUUCACUGAAAAUUGGGUUGGCAAUGACGUCUGUCUUUAUAGGGGCGUUUUUUGUACUACGGCGCUUGAUGACUCCACCGUUGAGGUUGUGGCUGGCAUUGAUUUGAACCAUGCUGACAUUGCAGGCUACCUGCCACCCGAGCUUGGACUCUUGACAGAUUUGGCAUUGUUCCAUAUCAACUCUAAUAGGUUUUGUGGGAUAAUUCCUCGUAGCUUUUCUAAGCUCACUCUCAUGUUUGAGUUCGACGUCAGUAACAACCGGUUCGUUGGCCAUUUUCCAGAGGUUGUCUUUCAUUGGCGUAUCGCUAAGUUCCUCGAUCUUAGGUUCAACGACUUUGAAGGAGAAGUCCCACCAGCACUCUUCACUAUGACCUUCGACGCCAUAUUCUUAAACAACAAUAGAUUUAGUUCCUUAAUCCCGGAUACCAUUGGAAACUCCACUGUCUCCCUUGUGUCCUUUGCGUACAACUACUUCCAUGGCUGCAUUCCUAGUUCGGUCGGCCAAAUGACCAGCCUCAACCAGGUUCUCUUUAUCGGCAACAAACUCCAUGGCUGUCUUCCAGUCGAGAUCGGAAAGCUUGUCAAUCUAACGGUUCUUGAUAUCAGCAAUAAUAGCUUUCCUGGCUGGUUGCCCGCAUUGUCGGGGCUCAAGAAUUUGCAGUAUCUGGACGUUAGUUACAAUGAAUUUAGAGGCUCUGUUUCUGGGGAGAUAUGCAAAUUGCCCCAUUUGGGUAACUUUAAUUUCUCCUUUAAUUAUUUUGAUCAGCAAGAUGCAAAGUGUGUGGCACCUAAAGAUUCAAAAAAGGUUUUUGAUGAUGUUCAUAAUUGCUUACUUAAUCGCCCGGAGCAAAGAGAUGCUGAGACUUGUAGCUCUUUUAUGAUGAAAUCGGUGGAGUGUAGAAAUUGUGGUGAAGAUCCUACUACAAGGUCUCCAGAAUCUCAUCAUCCAGUUCCAUCCUCACCUCCUCAUCAUCACGCGGGCGCACCCCCUGCUCCCCAAGUUGAGACUCACGCGGGCGCACCCCCUGCUCCCCAAGUUGAGGCUCCAUCGGGCGGACCCCCUGCUCCCCAAGUUGAGGCUCCAUCGGGCGGACCCCCUGUCACCCAAGUUGAGGCUCCAUCGGGCGCGCCCCCUGUCACCCAAGUUGAGGCUCCAUCGGGCGCGCCCCCUGUCACACAAGUUGAGGCUCCAUCGGGCGCGCCCCCUGUCACACAAGUUGAGGCUCCAUCGCCCCCUGCCACCCAAGUUGAGGCUCCAUCGCCCCCUGCCACCCAAGUUGAGGCUCCAUCGCCCCCUGCCACCCAAGUUGAGGCUCCAUCGCCCCCUGCCACCCAAGUUGAGGCUCCAUCGCCCCCUGCCACCCAAGUUGAGGCUCCAUCGCCCCCUGCCACCCAAGUUGAGGCUCCAUCGCCCCCUGCCACCCAAGUUGAGGCUCCAUCGCCCCCUGCCACCCAAGUUGAGGCUCCAUCGGGCGCACCCCCUGUCACCCAAGUUGCUCCAUCGGGCGCACCCCCUGUCACCCAAGUUGCUCCAUCGGGUGCACCCCCUGCCACCCAAGUUGAGGCUCCAUUGGGCGCACCCCAUAUUUCUGAACCCCCUGUCACCCAAGUUGAGGCUCCAUCGGGCGCACCCCCUGUCACCCAAGUUGAGGCUCCAUCGCCCCCUGUCACCCAAGUUGCUCCAUCGGGCGCACCCCCUGCCACCCAAGUUGAGGCUCCAUCGGGCGCACCCCAUAUUUCUGAACCCCCAGCGUCCCAAGUUGAGGCUCCAUUGGGCGGACCCCCAGCGUCCCAAGUUGAGGCUCCAUCGGGUGGACCCCAUAUUUCCGAACCCCCUGUCACCCAAGUUGAGGCUCCGUCGGGCGCACCCCCUGUCACCCAAGUUGAGGCUCCGUCGGGCGCACCCCCUGUCACCCAAGUUGAGGCUCCGUCGGGCGCACCCCCUGCCACCCAAGUUGAGGCUCCGUCGGGCGCACCCCCUGCCACCCAAGUUGAGGCUCCAUCGGGCGGACCCCCUGUCGCCCAAGUUGAGGCUCCAUCGGGCGGACCCCAUAUUUCCGAACCCCCUGUCUCCCAAGUUGAGGCUCCGUCAGGCGCACCCCCUGCCAAACAAGUUGAGGCUCCGUCGGGCGCACCCCCUACCAAACAAGUUGAGGCUCCGUCGGGCGCACCCCCUGCCAAACAAGUUGAGGCUCCGUCGGGCGCACCCCCUAUUUCUGAACCCCCUGUCUCCCAGGUUGCGGCUCCAUCGGGCGCACCCCCUGUCACCCAAGUUGAGGCUCCGUCGGGCGCACCCCCUGCCACCCAAGUUGAGGCUCCGUCGGGCGCACCCCCUGCCACCCAAGUUGAGGCUCCGUCGGGCGGACCCCCUGUCGCCCAAGUUGAGGCUCCAUCGGGCGGACCCCAUAUUUCCGAACCCCCUGUCUCCCAAGUUGAGGCUCCAUCGGGCGCACCCCCUGCCAAACAAGUUGAGGCUCCGUCAGGCGCACCCCAUAUUUCUGAACCCCCUGUCUCCCAGGUUGAGGCUCCAUCGGGCGGACCCCCUGCGUCCCAGGUUGAGGCUCCAUCGGGCGGACCCCCAGCGUCCCAGGUUGAGGCUCCAUCGGGCGGACCCCCAGCGUCCCAAGUUGAGGCUCCAUCGGGCGGACCCCCAGCGUCCCAAGUUGAGGCGCCAUCGGGCGGACCCCCAGCGUCCCAAGUUGAGGCGCCAUCGGGCGGACCCCCAGCGUCCCAAGUUGAGGCGCCAUCGGGCGGACCCCCAGCGUCCCAAGUUGAGGCGCCAUCGGGCGGACCCCCAGCGUCCCAAGUUGAGGCGCCAUCGGGCGGACCCCCAGCGUCCCAAGUUGAGGCGCCAUCGGGCGGACCCCCAGCGUCCCAAGUUGAGGCGCCAUCGGGCGGACCCCCAGCGUCCCAAGUUGAGGCGCCAUCGGGCGGACCCCCAGCGUCCCAAGUUGAGGCGCCAUCGGGCGGACCCCCAGCGUCCCAAGUUGAGGCGCCAUCGGGCGGACCCCCAGCGUCCCAAGUUGAGGCGCCAUCGGGCGGACCCCCAGCGUCCCAAGUUGAGGCGCCAUCGGGCGGACCCCCAGCGUCCCAAGUUGAGGCGCCAUCGGGCGGACCCCCAGCGUCCCAAGUUGAGGCGCCAUCGGGCGGACCCCCAGCGUCCCAAGUUGAGGCGCCAUCGGGCGGACCCCCAGCGUCCCAAGUUGAGGCGCCAUCGGGCGGACCCCCAGCGUCCCAAGUUGAGGCGCCAUCGGGCGGACCCCCAGCGUCCCAAGUUGAGGCGCCAUCGGGCGGACCCCCAGCGUCCCAAGUUGAGGCGCCAUCGGGCGGACCCCCAGCGUCCCAAGUUGAGGCGCCAUCGGGCGGACCCCCAGCGUCCCAAGUUGAGGCGCCAUCGGGCGGACCCCCAGCGUCCCAAGUUGAGGCGCCAUCGGGCGGACCCCCAGCGUCCCAAGUUGAGGCGCCAUCGGGCGGACCCCCAGCGUCCCAAGUUGAGGCGCCAUCGGGCGGACCCCCAGCGUCCCAAGUUGAGGCGCCAUCGGGCGGACCCCCAGCGUCCCAAGUUGAGGCGCCAUCGGGCGGACCCCCAGCGUCCCAAGUUGAGGCGCCAUCGGGCGGACCCCCAGCGUCCCAAGUUGAGGCGCCAUCGGGCGGACCCCCAGCGUCCCAAGUUGAGGCGCCAUCGGGCGGACCCCCAGCGUCCCAAGUUGAGGCGCCAUCGGGCGGACCCCCAGCGUCCCAAGUUGAGGCGCCAUCGGGCGGACCCCCAGCGUCCCAAGUUGAGGCGCCAUCGGGCGGACCCCCAGCGUCCCAAGUUGAGGCGCCAUCGGGCGGACCCCCAGCGUCCCAAGUUGAGGCGCCAUCGGGCGGACCCCCAGCGUCCCAAGUUGAGGCGCCAUCGGGCGGACCCCCAGCGUCCCAAGUUGAGGCGCCAUCGGGCGGACCCCCAGCGUCCCAAGUUGAGGCGCCAUCGGGCGGACCCCCAGCGUCCCAAGUUGAGGCGCCAUCGGGCGGACCCCCAGCGUCCCAAGUUGAGGCGCCAUCGGGCGGACCCCCAGCGUCCCAAGUUGAGGCGCCAUCGGGCGGACCCCCAGCGUCCCAAGUUGAGGCGCCAUCGGGCGGACCCCCAGCGUCCCAAGUUGAGGCGCCAUCGGGCGGACCCCCAGCGUCCCAAGUUGAGGCGCCAUCGGGCGGACCCCCAGCGUCCCAAGUUGAGGCGCCAUCGGGCGGACCCCCAGCGUCCCAAGUUGAGGCGCCAUCGGGCGGACCCCCAGCGUCCCAAGUUGAGGCGCCAUCGGGCGGACCCCCAGCGUCCCAAGUUGAGGCGCCAUCGGGCGGACCCCCAGCGUCCCAAGUUGAGGCGCCAUCGGGCGGACCCCCAGCGUCCCAAGUUGAGGCGCCAUCGGGCGGACCCCCAGCGUCCCAAGUUGAGGCGCCAUCGGGCGGACCCCCAGCGUCCCAAGUUGAGGCGCCAUCGGGCGGACCCCCAGCGUCCCAAGUUGAGGCGCCAUCGGGCGGACCCCCAGCGUCCCAAGUUGAGGCGCCAUCGGGCGGACCCCCAGCGUCCCAAGUUNCCGCGUCUCCUCCGCCACCCGUCCCCUCUCCCCCACCUCCGACCGCGUCUCCUCCGCCACCCGUCCCCUCUCCCCCACCUCCGACCGCGUCUCCUCCGCCACCCGUCCCCUCUCCCCCACCUCCGACCGCAUCUCCUCCACCACCCGUCCCCUCUCCCCCACCUCGGACCGCAUCUCCUCCUCCUCCUGGCGCUUCUCCACCACCGGCGUUGGAUGAUCUCAUCCUACCGCCAAACAUUGGUUUCCAAUAUGCAUCUCCACCACCACCACAGUUCCCCGGAUAUUGA